AUGGACAAGUUCCGGAUGAUCUUCCAGUUCUUGCAGUCCAACCAGGAGUCCUUCAUGAACGGCAUCUGCGGCAUCAUGGCCCUGGCCAGUGCCCAGAUGUACUCCGCCUUCGACUUCAACUGCCCCUGCCUGCCGGGCUACAAUGCUGCCUACAGCGCCGGCAUUCUGCUGGCGCCACCACUGGUCCUCUUUCUCCUCGGUCUGGUCAUGAACAACAACGUGUCCAUGCUGGCUGAAGAGUGGAAGCGGCCGCCAGGCCGCCGGGCCAAGGACCCCGCGGUGCUGCGCUACAUGUUCUGCUCCAUGGCCCAGCGCGCCCUCAUCGCGCCCGUCGUCUGGGUGGCUGUCACGCUGCUCGAUGGCAAGUGCUUCCUCUGUGCCUUCUGCACGGCUGUGCCCGUGACUGUGCUGGGCAACGGCAGCCUGGCGCCUGGCCUGUCCCCGCCCGACCUCGCCCGCCUGCUGGCCCGGGUGCCCUGCCCUGAGAUCUACGACGGUGACUGGCUGCUGGCCCGCGAGGUGGCCGUGCGCUACCUGCGCUGCAUCUCACAGGCCCUGGGCUGGUCCUUCGUGCUGCUGACCACACUGCUGGCAUUCAUUGUGCGCUCUGUGCGGCCCUGUUUCACUCAGGCCGCCUUCCUCAAAAGCAAGUACUGGUCCCACUACAUCGACAUCGAGCGCAAGCUCUUCGACGAGACGUGCACGGAGCACGCCAAGGCCUUUGCCAAGGUCUGUAUCCAGCAGUUCUUCGAGGCCAUGAACCAUGACCUGGAGCUGGGUCACACCGACGGGGCCCUGGCCACAGCCCCUGCUAGCUCAGCUGCUCCCCCUGUCACAGACAUCGGUGCCGACGAGGAGAGGGAGAAGCUGCGCGGCAUCACCGAUCAAGGCACCAUGAACAGGCUGCUCACGAGCUGGCACAAGUGCAAGCCACCCCUGCAGCUGGGCCAGGAGGAGCCGCCGGUGGGCAACGGCUGGGCUGGGGGCGGGCCUCGGCCUUUACGCAAGGAGGUGGCCACCUACUUCAGCAAAGUGUGAGCCGUGGCCAGGUUAAGAGGCAGAAAUGGGGGCCUGAGCCCACAGCAUCUCAGACCCCCAAGCCAAAUGGAAAAAUGAAAGCUGUAGGUGCUGGCAGCAGGCCCCAGAGCACAGCCACGUGCCCAGGCUUCCACCUGCCCACCUGAGGCAGGAAGCUUGGAGCUGGAAGGGAACCUCACUCUUCCAGCUUUGACAUCAUCCUGGAUGGCCCUGGGGCAGCAGGGC